AUGUUAGCCUACGGGUCUGAACUUGACACCGAAGGCUUGUUCAUACAAACCAGAUUUGUAAAUGAAAAUAUUCCAAAUGAAACAUUCCUGGCCACUGAGAGCCCACCGACGUCUACAAUCGUCUGGAGACAUCCGGUUUGGGCCGUUGUCCUUUUUUCAAUUUGUCUGCUUACCAUCGCCGGGAAUUGUCUAGUCGUAAUUGCGGUUUGCACAAAAAAGUAUCUAAGGAAUCCGACUGGAUAUCUGAUCAUCUCACUGGCAAUAGCAGAUCUCAUUGUCGGUGUGAUAGUAAUGCCAAUGAACUCACUAUUUGAGAUGGCAAACCAUUCGUGGUUAUUUGGCCUAGCAAUGUGUGAUGUUUUUCAUGCUAUGGAUAUUCUUGCUUCCACAGCGUCCAUAUGGAAUCUGUGUGUUAUUAGUUUAGACAGGUACAUGGCUGGCCAAGAUCCGAUUGGUUACCGAGAUAAAGUUUCCAAGAGACGAAUAUUAAUGGCUAUUCUUAGUGUUUGGAUUCUAUCAGCCAUUUUAUCGUUCCCUGGAAUCAUCUGGUGGCGGACGAGCUCUCCACAUUUAUAUGAAGACCAGUCACAAUGCUUGUUCACCGAUAGCAAAAUGUAUGUGAGUUUCUCGUCGCUGGUCUCAUUUUAUAUUCCACUCUGCCUUAUUCUUUUUGCAUAUGGAAAAGUUUAUAUAAUUGCAACACGUCAUUCAAAAGGAAUGCGGAUGGGCAUCAAAACAGUUAGCAUAAAAAAGAGGAAUGGGAAAAAGUCAAACACGGAAACAGAGAGUAUAUUGUCUAGCGAGAAUGAACCCACUUUGCGAAUUCACUUUGGAAGAGGGAAGCAAUCAAGUUCGAGUUUACGGAAUAGUCGACUUCAUGCCAGAGAGUCGACCAGAUUGCUGUUGAAGCAGGUCUCCUGCAAGUCCUUAAACGAUCGAGGGGAAAAGAACAACAACAAUGUUAGGCAGCCUCUACUUCGCGGCACUGAUAACAAUCAGUCGUGUGAAUCAAAUCGGUCACAACGGAACUUCCGAGGUCGGAAUGUUACAAUUGGUAGCAAUUGUUCAUCAACAUUAUUACAAGUUGAACAGCCAGACCGAAUGUCCCUGUCAUCCGCCUCCCAGAUAGUGAUGACAUCCCCAUUAUCCACUCGUCGGAAACUGAAUGUUCGAGAGAAAUCAAGACAAAUGAUGAGAUAUGUACAUGAACAACGAGCUGCACGAACUCUCUCAAUUGUUGUUGGAGCGUUUAUCUUGUGUUGGACUCCAUUCUUUGCGUUUUCUCCAUUAACUGCUUUCUGUGAAAGUUGCUUCUCCAACAAAGAGACCAUCUUCACCAUUGUUACAUGGGCGGGCCAUCUGAACUCGAUGCUCAACCCCCUGAUCUAUUCCCGCUUCUCCCGAGAUUUUAGAAGAGCUUUCAAACAAAUCCUCACGUGCCAACGCCAACAAAAAGUCAAAACUGCAUUUAAAACUCCAUUGUCACUUGUGUUCACUCAACUCAUUUCUGUCACACAGAUGUGGGAGCAGCCGCCAAACACUUCAAUUGAAUAG